AAGCACCUGAAAUUUCCAACGACAAACAACAUGAAACCCCGGUCGGAGACCACGUGACAAGCACAAUCCGUCCGUUUUGAUCUAAAAUUGCCUUGCCUUUUGUAUCACCACCAAUCCUCUCACGCCACGUACUCCUCACCGUUCGCCCUUUCCGUUCCUCGUAAACCCCCUCUAAAACCUCUCCUCUACUUACUUCUCUUAGGGCUUCUUCCUGUUUCUUCUCCUUAGAGCUGAGCUCGCUGUAGCUAAAUUUUUGCUAUGCACAAACCUUCAUAGCUCUGGCUUUAGUAAAUUUCGAGGUUGAAGAUGAUUUGGCUCAGUUUGUUGCUUAUUUUAACCGCUUCGUUAACGGCGGUGACCGGAACGACGUCGCAUUCGAGCUCCGGUCCUCACAUAGCCGACGUCAACAUACUUUUACCUCCAAGAAUGACAAACCCCGUCGAAUAUCGGCUUCAAGGAAGCGACGGCUGCUUCAAAUGGUCGUGGGAUCAUCAUGAGAUUUUAUCAGUUUUGCCGGAGUAUAAUGUGACCAAUCAUUGCUCGACAAGUGCACGGCUGAGAUCGAUUGCGCCGUAUUCCGGUAGAAAAGAAACGGCGGUAUAUGCUAGGGACGUGUACACUGGAAUCGUGAUUCGCUGCAAAGUUUUCAUUGAUAAUUUUGAUAGAAUUCGGAUAUUUCAUAAUUCUAUUAAGCUUGAUCUUGAUGGCCUCGCUACGCUCCGCGUUCGUGCCUUUGAUAGUGAAGACAAUGUGUUUUCGUCCUUGGUGGGUUUACAAUUCAUGUGGCAGCUGAUGCCUAAAACCAAUGGACCGCAACAUCACCUGGCCCAUGUUCCUUUGAAGGAUUCUCCCCUAAGUGACUGUGGUGGAUUGUGUGGUGACUUAGAUAUCCAGAUACAACUUGAAGAAAAGGGUGUAUUUUCUGAUUUAUUUGUCACAAGAGGCAUUCAUAUUGGCCAUGAGAAUGUUUCGGUGCAGUUGCUUGAGCCAAUGUUAGAGGGCAUGGGUGAUAAGAUUGUUCUAACUGUGGCUGAAGCUAUGUCACUAGAUCCACCAUCACCUGUUUUUGUCCUUAUUAAUGCUACUCUUCGUUAUAGUCUUAAGGUUAUCCGUGGGACUGUUCCUCAAGAGGUAACUCUUCCAUCACCACAUCAUCAAUGGUCUGUCUCAAACUGUUCAGUUGCUCAAGUGGACUCUAUGCUGGGUGUCAUUAAUGCACUAACAUUGGGGGAAACAACUGUCAUUGUUGAAGAUACUAGAGUUGAUGGCCAUAGUCAACUGUCAUCUCUUAACGUGGUCUUGCCAGAUACACUUUCUUUGUACAUAUCACUGUUAUCUACUUCUGGUGAUCCAUUAGAAGGAAUGGAACCCAUUCCAUCUGUGGCACGUUGGUAUGUUGUUUCUGGCAAACAAUACCUUAUUCAACUGAAGGUUUUUUCUCUGGGACCUUACACACAUGAAAUCUACAUUACAGAGAAUGAUGAUGUUGAGUUUUAUGACAACCAAUCUGGGUACUGGAAAAUUGUCCCAGUGUUAGAGCCUAUUGCUUCUAGAUAUGGCUGGAGGUAUUCUAGAAUUUUGAAAGCAACUUCAGAGGGAAUGGGGAAAUUGACAGCCUCUUUAGUAUACUAUAAUGGGCAUCAUGAUACUACGGAGGUUCUCAAGGUUGUGCAAGAAGUUAUUGUUUGUGAUCCAGUAAAGUUUAGCUCGGAAAAAAUAACUGGUGAAUCUCAAAUUAUUCUUCUUCCCUGGGCACCUGCUGUUUAUCAGGAGAUGGAGCUAAAGGCUACUGGAGGUUGUGCAAAAACCUCCAGUGACUACAAAUGGUUUUCUUCAGAUAUGACUGUUGUUUCGAUCACUGCAUAUGGAGAUGUCCAGGCUAAGAAGCCUGGUAAAGCUACACUGAAGGUGGUGUCAAGUUUUGAUUCAUUCAAUUAUGAUGAGGUGGUGGUUGAAGUUUCAAUUCCAUCCUCUAUGGUUAUGUUGCAAAAUUUCCCUGUUGAGACUGCUGUGGGAUCACAUCUCCCAGCUGCUGUUACAAUGAAAGCAUCAAAUGGUGUCUACUUUUCUAGGUGUGAUGCGUUUCAUUCCUUUAUAAAGUGGAAAGCUGGAAGUGAGUCUUUCAUUGUUACCAAUGUAACAAGGGAGGUGCCAGUCUUUGAAAAGCAAGAAAAUUUGGAACUUCAUGCCCCAGUGUAUGGUCCUCCAUGUUCAUGGACUUAUGUAUAUGCUUCUGCAUCUGGUCCAGCUAUGCUGCACGCAGCAUUUUCAAAAGAAUUUCAUCAUUUUGAUCCGUCUUUUAGUGGGCCCAUUGUUUUAAAAGCAACUUCACGAAUUGCAGCAUAUCAGCCACUUACUCUGCAUCAAGCAGGUGAUGGGAACCAUUUUGGUGGUUACUGGGUUAAUACAGCUGGAGCAGAAGCUGGUAAUCAAUUAGAAAACCUGGAUAAGUUAUAUCUUGUCCCUGGAACACUUUUGGAUGUCAUGCUUCAUGGAGGACCAGAAAGGUGGGACAAAGGUGUUGACUUCAUGGAAACAGUGGAGAUUGUUGAUGAAGAACAUGCACGUGAGAAUGGGGUUCAUAUGCAUCAGAUUUCUAGCAGCCAUGGCAGUUUGUACAGAAUUUUAUGCCAAACAAUGGGGACAUAUAAUCUUGUUUUUAAACGUGGAAAUUUGAUUGGAGAUGAUCAUCCUCUUCCUGCAAUAGCUGAAGUUUCAUUGUCUCUUGCAUGCAGCCUUCCUUCCUCGAUUGUGGUAAUAGUGGAUGAACCUGUUAAUGAUCGAGAUGUUAUACGGACAGCUAUUCAAGCUGACCGUAGCCCAGGGCAAAUUCAUGUUACCCCUGUUACUGUAGCAAAUGGACAAACUAUAAGAGUGGCUGCAGUCAGCAUUAGUACCUCUGGGGAGCCUUUUGCAAACUCUUCUUCAGUGUGCUUGAAGUGGGAACUAGGCAAUUGUGACAGUCUAGCUUAUUGGGAUUAUGCUUAUGAUUCAGAGAGCUCUAAAAAGUCUAGUUGGGAGAGGUUUCUGGUCUUGCAAAAUGAAUCAGGAUCGUGUAUUGUUCGUGCCACUGUUACUGGAUUUUUGGGUACUUCCACGGCUGAUCGUUAUUCUGCUAAAUUGCUAGAAAGUUCCAAUAAUUUUCUAACAGAUGCUGCACGGUUACAGCUUGUUUCUACUCUAAGAGUCAGUCCGGAGUUCAAUUUGUUAUAUUUCAAUCCUGAUGCGAAGGCAAAUUUGUCAAUUACUGGAGGGAGCUGUUUCUUGGAAGCAGUUGUGAAUGAUUCUCGAGUAGUUGAAGUUACUCAGCCCCCCCCUGGUUUACAAUGCUUACAAAUGAUGUUAUCACCAAAAGGCCUGGGGACUGCACUUGUCACAGUUUAUGAUAUUGGGCUUGCUCCUAACGUUGCAGCUUCUGUCGUGGUCCAAGUUGCAGAUGUAGACUGGAUUAAGAUUAUGUCUGGAGAAGAGAUAAGCCUUAUGGAAGGAAGUUCACAGUCAAUUGAUUUGAUGGCUGGGGUUGAUGACGGAAGCACUUUUGACAUUUCUCAGUAUGCAUACAUGAAUAUUCAUGUGCAUAUUGAGGAUGAUACAGUUGAACUUGUCGACAAGGAUGAUAUCUCAGCUCCUGGUGGUGGAUAUAUUGGUGCACAGAAUUUUAAAGUUAGGGCAAAACAUCUUGGCAUCACAACUCUUUAUGUCAGUGGUAGAAGACAUUCUGGCCAUGAAAUAUUGAGUCAAGUUAUAAAGGUUGAAGUUUAUGCCCCCCCAACAAUUCACCCGCUUGAUAUUUUCCUAGUACCAGGUGCCUCUUACAUGCUCACUAUGAAAGGAGGUCCAACAAUUGGUGCCUUUGUGGAGUAUACAAGUAUUGAUGAUGGCAUCGCAACAGUUCACAAAACUUCAGGACGACUGACUGCAACUUCACCUGGGAACACUACUUUAGUUGCUACAGUCUAUGGCAACGGAGAUAGUGUGAUUUGUCAAGCAUAUGGCAGCGUUAAAGUGGGAGUACCAUUUUCAGCAAUAUUGAAUGUACAAAGUGAACAGCUUGCUGUUGGCCGUGAGACAACAAUUUAUCCUUUAUUUCCAGAGGGAGACUUAUUUUCUUUCUAUGAGCUUUGCAAAGAUUAUAAGUGGACUAUUGAAGAUGAAGAGGUGUUGAAGUUUGGGGUCCCACUGGUUGGUUCAGAGGCAGUUCAGCGCUUGAGUACUGUGGACAAGGAAGAACUUAAAUUUAUUAAUAUCUUUUAUGGAAGGGCCCCUGGUAGGACGAAUGUUGCAGUUUCAUUCUCAUGUGACUUCAUUUCUUUUGGUUCACACUUCGAGGCAAGGACUUACAGUGCAUCUAUCUCACUAUUGGUGGUGUCUGAUCUUCCCCUGGCACUUGGAGCUCCAAUCACAUGGGUUCUUCCUCCCCAUUAUACCACGUCUAGCAUUUUGCCUUUGUCAACAGAAUCACACGGGCAAAGAGAUAGUCAGAGUCGCAAAGGAAGCAUAAUCUAUUCUCUAUUAAGAAAUUGGGAGGAAGCAACUGAAAUUUCACAGCGUGCUGUUUCCAUUGAUGGGGAUAAAAUUAAAACAAAAGAGAGCAAUAAUCUUGCUUGCAUUCAGGCAAAAGAUCGCAUCACUGGAAGAACUGAGAUUGCUUCCUGUGUCCGGGUUGCUGAGGUGGAGCAAAUAAGAAUAACAAACAAGGAGUUUCUGGUCCAUGCAAUUGAUCUCGCUGUUGGUGCUGAAACUGAACUUUCAAUAAGCUAUUUUGAUGCUCUAGGAAAUCCCUUUUAUGAAGCAUCUAAUGUUAUUCUCCCUUAUGCUGAAACUAAUUAUCCUGAUGUAGUCUUUGUUAACGCGACCCAUGAUACCAAUACAAUUCAUCUCAAGGCAAUGCGACAUGGUAGAGCUCUUCUACGAGUUUCAAUUGACAAUCGUCCACAGAAGUCAGACUAUAUGCUGAUUUCAGUUGGUGCCCACGUGCAUCCCCAAAACCCUGUCCUCCACCAGGGGAGUUCUAUUAACUUCAAUGUAGUAGGUUCUGGUGAUCAAGCUUCAGGUCACUGGCUUAGUGCCAAUGAAAGUGUUAUAGUUUUACACAUGCAAUCUGGACAGGCGGAAGCAGUAGGGGAGGGUUUGACCCAGGUUUCUUUUGAAAGUUCUGGUGUCAAGCUGCAAACAACAGUCACAGUGCUACCUGGAAGUACUCUUGUUAUGGAUGCUCCAAGGGAGAUGCUGACAAAUGUUCCUUUUCCCUCACAAGGAUAUAGCUUCUCUGUGAAGUUCAGUGAUACAAAAGACAAGAUCAACGCUCUUGGAAGCAGUAAAGGAGCCCCAUAUGACUGUAGGGUAGACCCUCCUUUUGUUGGCUAUGCAAAGCCAUGGAUGGAUCUUGAGACUGGCAACUCGUUUUGCCUUUUCUUCCCUUACUCUCCAGAGCAUUUGGUGCACACCACACCCAAGUUCAAGAACAUGAAACCAUAUAUAUAUGUUUCCAUCAAUGCUACAAUGAAAGAACACAGCCAUGUUUCUGGAUCUGCAUCUGCACUUUUUGUCGGGGGAUUUUCCAUAAUGCAUAUGGGAAAGAAUAUAGUGCAGUUGAAUCUGACACCAGACUCCAACAAGACUAUCAUAACUAUUUUGGGAAACACAGAUGUUGACAUCCGCUGGCAUAUCCAAGAUUUGUUAAUGAUCACUCCCAUCCAGAAAGAAGAAUUUGGUGUUGGUGGCCAUGUACAGUAUGAGGUGAAAGCGCUAGGUGCCAAGCCAUUCAAGGAUAAAAUAAUUGUCACACUCCCAUCCACUGGUCAAAGAGUAGAAGUGGAUGUUAACUAUGAAAGAGCAUUGAUCAUUGACGUUACUGUCAUGAACCGUUGGCUUCUAGGUUCUGCCCUACUAGCAUUUAUCAUUGCAAUCUUCAUACGUAUCUUGUACUUACCUUCGCGACCUUUUCGAUUUGAUUUUCGGCGACCAUCCACACGCCCUCCCACUCCAAGCAUAUCAGCACCUGUCACACCUGAGCGGAGCAGUCCUGCUGUUCCUGAUGAACAAUCUCCACGAACACCUCAGCCAUUUGUAGAUUAUGUGAGAAGAACUAUAGAUGAAACUCCAUACUAUAGGCGAGAAGGUAGGAGGAGCAAAAUUUUUGUUGGAGGUUUAGCAAGAGAUACAACAUCUGCACAAUUUCUUGAGCAUUUUGGUAAAUAUGGUGAAAUUACGGAUUCUGUGAUAAUGAAGGACCGGAAAACGGGGCAGCCUCGCGGGUUCGGGUUUGUCACUUAUGCAGAGCCUUCUGUAGUGGAUAAAGUCAUUGAGGACACUCAUAUUAUUAAUGGGAAACAAGUAGAGAUUAAGAGAACAAUACCAAAAGGAGCAGCAGGAAGUAAGGAUUUCAAGACUAGGAAGAUUUUUGUUGGUGGAAUUCCAUCGUCUGUAUCAGAAGAUGAGUUUAAGGACUUCUUUAUGCAAUAUGGAGAAGUUAAAGAACACCAAAUUAUGCGGGACCAUGCCACCAAUCGUUCUCGUGGUUUUGGAUUUAUCACAUUUGAGACAGAGCAUGCGGUUGAUGAUCUCUUGGCUAAGGGAAACAAGGUUGACCUUGCUGGAGCUCAGGUCGAGAUUAAAAGGGCAGAGCCAAAGAAACCAAAUCUGCCCCCACCCCCAUCCAAACGAUAUAAUGAUUCUAGGACUGCAUAUGGUGGUGGAUAUGGAGAUGCUUAUGGUAGAUAUGGAGGUGGUGGAUUUGGUAGUGGUGGUUACAGAUCCAGUGGGGCUUAUGGGGGUCGGGCCGGUGGUUAUGGGGGUUAUGGAGGAGGUGAAUUUGGUGGGUAUGGAGGUUAUGCUGGUGGUAUAGGGCCUCACAGGGGAGAGCCCUCUCUUGGAUACUCAGGUCGUUAUGGAGGAAAUUUUAACAGAGGCUAUGAUAUGGGAAGUGGCUAUGGAGGCCCUGGUGAGAUUUAUGGAGGAUAUGGUGCUGGUGCUACUGGUGGUGGCUAUGCUAGUAGCUAUGACACUGGCCUUGGGGGUGGCUAUGGCGCUGCUGCUGGUGGUGCUGGGAACUCCUUCUAUGGAAGUCGAGGGGGAUAUAGCGGAGCAGGUAGUGGUCGAUACCAUCCUUACGGAAGAUAGAGAGGUUGUUGCUGGGAAAAUCUCUUCGAAGUUAUAAAUGUUCUCAGUUUGUACCUUGUAGCUCCUUGAUGUCAUUAUUCUUAGUUUAGUUCUUUCUUAUUUGAGGUUCAAGGAUUGGAUCAUCCUGUUUACACUUUACCUUUACUGGACUGUGAGAGCUAAGUGGGUCUUAUUUUUGUACUUCUCUUUUGAUUGACAUUAACAUGCAAAUUUUGCAAGCUGUAUGAUUGAUUCUUGAAUGAGUACAGCAGGCAAAAAUGAAAGGAAUUCUUUUUCAA